AUGACGUCGCCAGCAAAAUUCAAAAAGGAUAAGGAGAUCAUCGCUGAAUAUGACACUCAAGUGAAAGAGAUCCGUGCCCAAUUGGUAGAGCAGCUGAAAUGCCUUGACCAACAGUGUGAGCUUCGGGUCCAGUUACUGCAGGACUUGCAGGAUUUCUUCCGCAAGAAGGCAGAGAUUGAGAUGGAUUACUCAAGGAAUUUGGAGAAGUUGGCUGAGAGAUUCCUGGCUAAAACUAGGAGCACCAAAGACCAGCAAUUCAAGUGUAACUCGUGCUCCUUCUUGCUCACAGCUCUUCCCAGCUGCUCAAGGGAUGAGAAUGGUACAGAGGCUGGGAAGCUGCAGAGCAGGGAUCACACCACCCUCAGUGACAUCUAUCUCAACAACAUCAUCCCCCGCUUUGUCCAGGUCAGCGAAGACUCGGGGCGCCUGUUCAAGAAGAGCAAGGAAGUGGGAUUGCAGCUCCAGGAAGACUUGAUGAAGGUCUUGAAUGAACUCUACACGGUCAUGAAAACCUACCACAUGUACAACGCUGACAGCAUUAGUGCCCAGAGCAAGCUGAAAGAGGCAGAGAAACAGGAAGAAAAGCAGAUUGGGAAGUCAGUGAAGCAGGAGGACAAGCAGACACCACGCUCCCCUGACUCAACUUCCAACGUCAAGUUUGAAGAAAAACACGUUCGACGAAGCUCUGUCAAAAAAAUAGAGAAGAUGAAGGAGAAGAGGCAAGCAAAGUACACAGAGAACAGGCUGAAGGCAAUUAAGGCAAGAAAUGAGUAUCUGCUCGCUCUGGAAGCCACCAAUGCAUCUGUAUUCAAGUAUUACAUUCAUGACCUGUCUGAUCUCAUUGAUCAGUGUUGUGACCUGGGAUACCACGCUAGCCUCAACAGAGCUCUCAGGACAUUCUUGUCUGCUGAGCUCAACCUGGAGCAGUCGAAGCACGAGGGGCUGGACGCCAUCGAGAACGCCGUGGAGAACCUGGACGCCAACAGCGACAAGCAGCGCCUGAUGGAGAUGUACAACAAUGUCUUCUGCCCUCCCAUGAAGUUCGAGUUUCAGCCCCAUAUGGGCGACAUGGAGUCACAGCUAUGUGCCCAGCAGCCAGUCCAGAGUGAGUUAGUGCAGAGGUGCCAGCAACUGCAGUCCAGAUUAUCUACACUGAAAAUUGAAAAUGAAGAGGUUAAGAAGACUAUGGAAGCUACACUCCAGACAAUCCAGGAUAUAGUCACAAUAGAGGACUUUGAUGUCUCUGACUGCUUUCAGUACAGCAACUCCAUGGAGUCUGUGAAAUCCACUGUCUCGGAAACGUUCAUGAGCAAACCCAGCAUUGCCAAGAGACGGGCCAACCAGCAGGAGACAGAGCAGUUCUAUUUCACAAAAAUGAAGGAGUAUCUGGAAGGCAGGAACCUGAUAACAAAGCUCCAAGCCAAACACGACCUUCUGCAGAAGACCUUGGGAGAAAGCCAGAGGACUGACUGCUCCCUUGCCAGGCGCAGCUCCACUGUACGGAAGCAGGAUUCCUCCCAAGCCAUUCCCCUGGUUGUGGAGAGCUGCAUACGGUUCAUCAGCAGACAUGGUUUGCAGCAUGAAGGAAUAUUCAGAGUGUCUGGGUCACAAGUUGAAGUCAAUGACAUAAAAAAUGCAUUUGAAAGAGGGGAAGACCCAUUGGCUGGAGACCAGAAUGACCAUGACAUGGAUUCAAUAGCAGGAGUUCUGAAGCUCUAUUUUCGGGGGUUGGAGCACCCUCUCUUCCCCAAGGAUAUCUUUCAUGAUCUAAUUGCCUGUGUCACAAUGGAUAAUUUACAAGAGAGAGCUCUCCACAUCCGGAAGGUGCUUCUGAACCUGCCCAAGACCACUCUGAUUGUCAUGAGAUACCUCUUUGCAUUCCUCAAUCAUUUAUCUCAGUUCAGUGAAGAGAACAUGAUGGAUCCCUACAACUUGGCCAUCUGCUUUGGGCCAACACUGAUGUCUGUGCCUGAAGGUCAUGAUCAGGUCUCUUGCCAAGCUCAUGUCAACGAAUUGAUUAAAACCAUCAUCAUCCAACAUGAGAACAUCUUCCCAGGACCAAGGGAGCUGGAAGGUCCAGUCUAUAGCAGAGGUGGAAACACUGAGGAUUACUGUGAAAGUCCUCAUGGAGAGAGAGCCUCAACAGAAGACUCUGUUCAGGAUGUUACAGCUGAACACCACACCAGUGAUGAUGAGUGUGAGCCCAUAGAAGCAAUAGCCAAGUUUGACUACAUUGGCAGGACUGCUCGAGAGCUGUCCUUUAAGAAAGGAGCUUCUCUCCUGCUCUACCAGAGGGCCUCAGAUGACUGGUGGGAGGGACGUCACAACGGCAUCGACGGCCUCAUUCCUCAUCAGUACAUCGUCGUCCAAGACACUGAGGAUGGUGCCUCUGAAAGAUCCAGUCCAAAGUCUGAAAUAGAAAUAAAUUCUGAGCCACCGGAAGAAAAAGUGACUGCUAGAGCUGGUGCCAGUUGCCCGAGUGGGGGUCACGUCGCAGAUAUUUACCUUGCAAACAUCAACAAGCAAAGAAAGAAACCAGAGUCAGGCAGCAUCAGAAGAGCCUUCCGACAAAGUGACAGCCAUGGACUAGGUAGCUCAAUGGCAGAACCAGCCUCCCCAGGAGCCAUAGCCGGUUCCAGACCCUCAUCUCAGCCCAUUAUGAGCCAAAGUCUUCCCAAGGAGGUUCCAGAUAAAUGCUCCAUCAGUGGCCACGGCAGCCUCAAUUCUAUCAGCCGCCACUCGUCCCUGAAGAGCAGGCUGGACAGCCCGCAGGUCCGCAAGGCUGUGACCGCGGGGAGGUCCAAGAGCUUCAACAACCACCGGCCCAUGGACCCCGAAGUCAUUGCACAGGAUAUUGAAGCUACUAUGAACUCUGCUCUGAACGAGCUGCGGGAGCUGGAAAGGCAAAGCAGCGUAAAGCACACGCCAGAUGUUGUCCUCGACACCCUGGAGCCUUUGAAAACCUCUCCAGUGGUGGCCCCCACCUCGGAACCUUCCAGCCCUCUGCACACUCAGAUCCUCAAGGACACUGAGCCAGCUUUCCAGCGCAGUGCCAGCACGGCCGGGGACAUCCCCUGCACCUUCAGGCCAGUCAAGUCGGUCAAAAUGGCCACCCAGGUGAAGCCACCGGCCACGCGGCCCAAGCCUGCAGUGUUCCCCAAAACAAAUGCCACGAGCCCUGGCGUUGCCUCCUCUGCAUCUCAGCAGCCUACUGACAAGUCCUGUACUGUCUGA